AUGGCGACCAACCCCAACCUGCCGGCAGGAUUUUUCAUAACGACCAUCGAAGGGAAGAGGUGUACAGCGGUGCCGCGGGCUCUCACGAGCUUGCCGGGUGGCGGGCCAAACAAGGCGGCGGCACAACCGCCGGCUACAAAUGCAAUGCCGGUAUCAACGCCUCCUCCUUCAGCUCCGGUACCCGUUGUUGCGACUGGUGUAGCGCCGGCGCAACCCAGUAGAGCAGCUGCGACAUAUCCGGCAGCGGUGGCAGCGGCUCCAGCUAUUCCUAUACCGAGUGUUCCGGCGCUGGUAGUAGCAGCCGCCGUCACACCGAGCACGUUUACUACGAUCUUGACUACGACACCGACUUCGAGCUCUCACCACAACCUUCCACCUUUUGUAGCGCUUAUUGCCUCUUCAUUGGGAAACAAGAAGCUUCCCCCGAGUACUCCAGUGGCCGUUGCCCACAGUGAAGUGACAGCAUCACCAACCAGCCAUACGGGAGAUGGCUACAGGGUGGAUUUCGCGGCCCCAUCUCACCCAAAUUCAUCACCUAACGUCAAAUCGACACCAUCAGCCGGGCCCAGGGAGUCAUCAGAAGCCUUGAGCAUGUCUUCCGACUCAAACCGUUCCAUCGGACCCAUCAUUGGAGGCGUAGUAGGGGCUCUGUGGAUGAUUGCUCUGAUAACAUUCUUGUUUUGGUUUCUCAGAAAGGGGAAGGAACGACGAGAGUCGCUUCUCACUCCUUUAAACAUUUGCCGACGAAGUCCUUUCUACGACGAGGAGGGAGCGUCUCCAGUACCGACAGGACGAGUGAGUAAGUGGAGGACUGAAAUAGGCUACCGAACCGACCGAGCACGGAACGUUAGUUCAGACCUCGUAGGAAACCUCUCGGCAUUUGGUGCAUCUCUGAGAUCCAAGGUCUCAAGAGAUAAAAGCGAUGCUCCAAACGUCAACCUCAACAGAGGAAAUUCCCAGUUCAUAGAUGGGCCCAUCCCGCAGUGUAGUACGAUCAAUUCAGCCCUAUCAGCUACCGCAGCACACGCCAUAGUCAAAAAGAAAGUCACAGAUGGGUGGGAGCGUUUGCGCAACGGCGGCCUCUUUUUCUGGCGCAAGAAAGUUGAGCCAGCGGACCCCUUUGCUAUAGCACGCAGCGAGAAGCAUGCUCGCGGCAGCAACAGCUCCCCCGACUUCAACCGAUUCCCAGGCAUAGACCACAGCGGGCUUCAACGACAAGCCGAACAUCGACGAGUCUCCUUAACACAUCAGAGCCCCACCCUACCUCAGCUAGGGCAUCUAGGACCGAAGCCCAAAGCAAGCGAAGCACCGUUCGUCGGUCCCAGACCAACAGCUUCACGGCACUCUCCCACAGGCUCCGCGAAAUUCAAGCUCUUCCCAGACCCCAUGCCCAAGCCUACCAAUCUGUAUUCUGAUCCCCCCCCUAAAACUCCUCUAAAAGCUGCCAUCCCAAAUUUAAACACGUACAUGUCCGACGUAGUACGCUCGCGCGACCAAUCCAUCGACGCAGUAACCCCAAGCUCGAACCACGCAACAGCAACUACACCCAUGUACCACUCGCCCUCCACCAUCAGCUCUCCUCCAGCAAGCAGAGACAGCUACCGCGACACCGUGUCCAAGAACUUUUCUGAAAACGUGCGAAAAGGGAAAGGAGGCCCCGACCCUUUCGAUCUCGAGCGGGCCGAGCUGUGGAAACCGAAGGAACUCACAUCUUCAAACCUCUACUCUUCCCCUCUAGGUACUUCGAAAGGCCCCCAUGCGCACAACAACAACGAGAUCACCAACAACGGAUCCGCGUAUGCCCAGUACCGGCAGUGGAAGCCAAGCGCUGCGCUCUCUAAAUACAGCUCCGGCAUGUUCGGCUGGGGUGACCCCGGACCGGGCAUGGCACCUCGGAAGUUGAGCGAUACUAGCAGCCUGGGGGCGAACGCCGGUAGCCAAGGGGGCAGCCUCGACUAUGGGAACGGGAGUGAUUCAUUAUACGCCAGUCUGGAACAGCAGUUGAAAGGUGCUGGUGUGACGAGGGGUCUUUCAAGUGCGAGUAAGGCGAGUAGUAGGGGGGGCUGGGGAAGGUGA